AUGUCAAGCAGUCAAGGUAAAUGGGGAAACAUCAUUUCGAAAUACACGAACGGUACCUAUACGGCGUCAGACUAUAUCAUCUACCGGCCACUUGCAACCAAUAUCCUAGUGAAACUCUUCCAAAACGUCCUUGUGGGUGAAAAAGGCUUAAGAUACCUGGUUGCCUGGAACAUCUAUAGGCAGCUGGUUAAGUUCACUGAACCUUGCAUGUUUCUUCAGGGUAGGAGUGCGAGUGAUGCGUGUUAUGAGCACGUCAAGAAAGUCAUGAAUCUGGCUGUCCUCAGUCCCUACCUACAGUCGGAGGUUCAGGUGCACAUGGUUGAAAAGGCGAAGCGCAUGGUGUCCGAAAUACGCAGCACCUUCUUGAAAGCUCUCCAAUAUUCAAGCUCGCUCAGCAUCAACUUUCGAGUAGCUGCCAUACGCAAGUUGGAGAGUAUGAAGUCGUACGUCGGAAGCCCCGGGCGCCGAUUAGACCCUGAGUUCGUCGAAUGGAUUUACAAACCUUACCCGGAUGCACCCAUAGACUUAUUAUUCCCGACAUGGAUCAGGGCUUUGUCACUCUCUACUCACUAUAUUUGGACCGAUCAGACGACACCGCUGUACGAUGAGGCUCGUUAUAGGCCGUAUUAUACGCACUACUUUAAUGAUUUUACAGUAGCGACAGCCAACAUGCUGCCUCCAUUCAUGUAUCCGGACUGGCCAAUCGCACUGAACUAUGGUGGCCUCGGAACGAUGAUUGGCCACGAGCUUAUGCACGGAUUUGGUGUGAAAGGCAUACAAGAGCUCGAAGGAUAUGAAGCUCAGAAUAACGACUAUGUGAUAAAAGAAUACACGAACAGAGCGCUGUGCCUAUGGAAAUCUCACAAAUCUGUU